AUGAAUUUAAACUUGGACGAGAAGUUGAGGCAGCAAAGCAAGAAGUGGAGGAAUAGACUCGAGACCUUGCUGUUGCCAAAGCCAAGAAACAAUGGCUUCUUGAUCAACUUAGAGCCCUAUAGGAUACCUAUGGGGACCAGUGGGUCAUUCAUUUUUGGGGGGCCUUAUGACAAAUUGUCUGGUUUUCUGAGCACAUCACAUGAGGCAUGCAGCAAUUCCUUCUCUCAACAACGAAGGACUUUCAUUCAGAUGAGGACUGUUCUCAAAGUUGUGGACAACUCAGGGGCAAAAAAGGUGAUGUGCAUACAAGCUUUAAAGGGGAAGAAAUGUGCAAAAUUGGGAGAUACAAUAGUUGCAUCAGUCAAGGAAGCCCAUCCAAAUGGAAAAGUCAAGAAAGGAAAGGUUGUGUAUGGUGUGGUUGUGCAUGCUGCCAUGCGAUGUGGUCGUUGCAAUGGCAGUGAGGUGAAGUUUGAUGAUAAUGUUGUGGUACUUGUUGACAAGCAAGGCCAGCCUAUUGGCACCAGAGUUUUUGGGCUUGUCCCUCAUGAGCUGAGGAAGAAAAAGCAUGUCAAGAUUCUUACUUUGGCUGAGCAUAUUGCAUGA